UGGUUUCAGUCAACUUUAGCUGCUUGCUCAUGCGAAGCCUGUGUUUGUUCAGUCCGUCACAGGACGUUGUUUGUGAUGCAGCCGUUAAACUCGGUUUGAUUUGUUAUAGUUUGCUGUCUGCACUGCGGUUUCAUUUUAUAUUUUUCGUGUUACGUUAUAUUUUGUUAUGUGUGUUAUGCCAUAGCUGACCGCCAUUUUUUGCUAACGCCUCAUUGCCUUUUCGUUCACUGUUGUGAUUUCACUAAAAUUGUAAUUUCAACUUAUAUACAGACCCAAAUGUAUUACUAUUAAAAUCACGCAUGAGUUUGAAUGCAGCAUUACACUGGCACGGAAUAACCGGACAAUGAUAGCGAUGGCACCGGUGACACCGAUCGUCGGAACCACCGCAAUGUCGCGUGGAACGAUGGCACGGGGCCGUGGGGCGACAGCAAGGAAACGCUGAAUGACGUCACAGGGCCAACCGCGGGUCACGGUACGAGGCCACGAAACGGUAGCACGGACUCAUAGGACAGCGACGACGACGAAGGACUCGUGGGACUCACGGACUCACGGGACCACAUAGCGAUGACACGGGGCUACGAGACCAUGGCACGGGACCACGAGGACCAUUACACGGGAACAUGACACGGCACUACGGAACCAUGGUACACAACAUAUAGCGAUAGCAUUGGACCACGGGACCUCCUUCCGUGGCACGGGACCACGGAGUCGGGCUGCUUCAUGACGAUACAUGGUGUACCUCACGUCUUAAUACGUCACGAAGAUAUUUAGGACAUUUUCCGUGUGUUUCACGCUACAUGACACUCCAUUUCAGACCGAGCGGGGAGGAUCCCACGAAGACCCCAGACGAUGAUCUGUUUGACGCCUACAAAAACCACUCGGAGCGCGUGCAGGCCGAGUUCGGCUACACGCCGCUGAUCUGGGAGACGGAGACUCCGCCGCGGCUCUCGACGGCCGAACAGUGCCGCUUCUUCACCGCCGACAGCCAGGGUCGCGUCGUCUACCUUAUCCCGCCGCAAGCGCCCAUCGUGGACAGUGUCCAUAUCAGGCUGACCUCGGGAUACGGUGGCGAAGGCCUGUUCCGGAGUCUCGUGACCUUUUUCUCCCCCUCCAACUCCUACCUCACCAUUGACGUUCACCUGCUGCCCGACGAGCUGCCAUGCCGAGGGGACGUCACCGUCCAGCUGCUGACGUCACUGGAGAAGGACGUGCCGCCAAUGGUGUACCAGGUGAUGUCGCGCAGCGAGAUCCUGCGAUCAGGCCGGGUGUCCAGCUCGAGCCUGACACUGCCGGUGACGCCGGCCAUGAGCCCGCAGUUCAAGCUGCUGGUGUUCUUCGUGCUGGGCUCGGGCGAGGUGGUGAGCGACGCGGUCGUCCUCAAGGUGGAGCAGUGCUUCAACAACCAGGUGGAUGUCAGCUGGGAUAAGGAGACGGCCCAGCCCGGGGAGUCCGCCUCCUUCACUGUCAGCGCCUCGCCCGACUCCGUGUGUGGCGUCAGCGCCGUGGACCGGAGCACAGAGCUGCUGGGAACCGGUAACCAGAUCACCGUGGAGGGCGUGUUCAGCCAGUUGAGGCAGUUCAUCUCCCAGGGCUUCAGUAGGCUAUCACAGGCGACCACCGAGCGCUACUGCCGUAACCAGCAGAGGAGUCUGAUUGACACCCUGCAACGAAGUGGUGCCUCAAAUGAAGAGCAGGGGCCGGACUCAUCGCGGCGCUCCCCACGGCCGGGCGUUGGGGACGUCCCUGAUUUGGACGCCGUCAGGGACAGCUUCAGGACCGACCGGUACGACACGCUCACGACGUUCGACUGGACGGGCUUUCUGGUGAUGACCAACCUGGUGCUGGAGACAAGGCCCUGCUACAAACAAGUGCCGCCCCAGCAGAUACCUGCUCCUCUUGAUUUUCUUGCCCAGACUAUUCCAUUUUCGUUACCGGACUACGGACCCGCACCGGUCUUUGAAAACCGCUUCGAAACGCCACUAGUUCAGCCUGCAGACCCAGGUAUUGACCAGUCAAAAGUGGGCGUAGCAGUAGCCGAAUCCGCUCCGAUUGGGGACCAGGUCCGCGAGUUCUUCCCGGAGGCACUCCUCUUCUCCAUCGAGACGAUCGGCGUGGAGGGCACCAAAGUGCUGACCCAAGACAUGCCAGACACCAUCACGUCGUGGGUUGGCUCUGCCAUCUGCUCCCACCCCCAGGACGGGUUCGGCGUCUCCAACAAAUCAGCCAUCAAAGUCUUCAAGCCGUUCUUCACGGAGGUCACGCUGCCGUACUCCGUGAAGCGCGGAGAGGUCCUGAACAUGGCAUCCACCGUGUUCAACUUCCUCGACUCCAGUCUGUCGGUGUACCUGGAGCUGGCGGCGUCGGAUGAUUACUCGCUGGUCGACGAGGUCUCGCCCGCGGGCAUUGACCUGUGUCCGGCGGGCCGCUCCAAGGUCAGCCACUUCCCGCUGACCUUCACCUCUCUGGGCGAGGUCAACAUCACCGUCACGGCCAGACUCCGAGACGGCAACUGUGACCAGCCGAACACCGUCGGCCCCGGCAGUGACACGGUCAUCCGUCCGCUAGUGGUCAAGCCCGAGGGAUUCCCGCAGGAGGAGACGACGUCACGGUUCGUGUGCCUGGACGAAGGAGCUGAGCCUCACGUGGAGCGGAUCCCGAUGGUGGGUCCUGAAGGCCUGGUGCCGGAUUCUGAGCGGGCUUAUUUCUCCGUGGUGGGCGAUCUGCUCGGACAUUCGCACGGAAACCUGGGCCGCCUGGUGGACAUCCCGACGGGUGGAGGAGAGCACAACAUGUUGGCCUUCGUGCCGUACAUCCACAUGAGGGCGUACCUGGAGCACACCGGGCUGCUCUCCCCUCGUGACCGGGACCUGACCAUCAACGGCAUGAGACGAGGGUACCAGACUCAGCUGCGGUACAGGCAUCGGGACGGCUCGUACUCUUCGUUCGGCCGGGAUGACCCGGAAGGCUCGCUGUGGCUCGCCGCCUUCGUCGUCAAGUCCUUCAAGGAGGCGUCCGAGUACAUCGAUAUUGACGAGGAGUCGACCAAGCAGAGCGAGCAAUGGCUGGUACAGCAGCAGCAGGAUGACGGCUGCUUCCGUCCGAUCGGCAGCGUCAUUCACAAGGAGCUGAAGGGCGGCACGGAGCGGGGCGGCCCGGCCGCCCUGACGGCGUUCGUCAUGCUCGCCCUCGGGGCAGAAAACAACAAGAGUCUGGAGAGCGGAUUCACCUGCCUGGAGCACGGCAUCGGUCUGACCAACAAAACACUGUAUGCCGAGGUGCUGUUAGCCUAUACGCACGUGGUACUGGGCCGGGAACAGCGCGGCCAACAGCUGGUCUCCGCUCUGAUGCAGAAGGCCAAGACGGAGGGGUCGGACGCCCUCUUCUGGGAGGGCGAUCGCCGCUCCAUCUACGGCGGCAGUCGGGCCGUGGACAUUGAGAUGACGGCAUACAUGGUGCUCUCCCUGGUCCACCUCUCGGGUCAGGAGAACAUGGAGCAGGCGGCGCGGGCCGUCAAGUGGAUCAACAGGCAGCGCAACAGUCUGGGCGGCUGCAUCUCCAUACAGGACACGAUUGUGGCGAUGCAGGCGCUGACAGAGUUUGGCAAACGCACUUUUUCUUCGGAGAUGUCCACUAGCGUUACAGUCAGUGCUGCCGGACCCCCCUCCACACUUGUGGUGGACUCGUCCAACCGUCUGCUACUGCAACAAGAAAAGGUGGCAGAUUUUAAGCUGCCAGCUGAGGUCACCUUCACCGUCAGUCCAGCCGGCUGCGUCAUCUGCCGCACCAGCUUCCGCUACUCCAGCCGCUCCCGAUUGCCGAAGCCAGCAUUCUCGCUGGCGGUGACCUCGGAGGCUCGUCCCAGCCGCUCUCCAGGCGGUUCGUAUGAGCUGGAGGUGUGCUCCGCUUACAUCGGGGACUCUGGCGAAUCGGAGCGCGUCAUGCUGGAGGUGGAAAUGCCCUCGGGCUAUUUCACCAUCAGCAGCACACUGAGAAGUCUCCGAAAAAGCGGCGCGGUACGCAGAUACGACUUCAGCAAGGGUAAGGUGACCUUCACGCUGUCCAAGGUCACCGAGGAGAAGGUCUGCCUCAAGUUCCGCAUCAUUCGAGAGAACGAGGUGGAUGGCCUGAAGCCGUCGGUGGUGCGAGUCUACGACCUCUUCAGGCCUGAGGAUCGCAAUAUUCUGGAGUACGAGCUCUCGCCCGUGUCUUCUCCCGCCGCUUGAUACUUAUGUUGAAGACCGGUGUGUGCCUCUCACGGAUCAUGACUGGAAGACACGUGACAUGACAUGUCAUGUCAAGAGGACGCCUACGCUCUGUGAUUCGAUCGCAGACAUGCAGCUUAAGCCGGAAUAUUUUGGUAUUACAAAUCUGACUGCCAGCAUUCUAGAUCAGCAUACGAAAGAUCGCUUUUAACCAAUGACUGCAAAUGUGCUGCGAAAUAUGUUUUCAGGCACACCGACUCCCUGCUGUGUCGCUUUGCCGUUUCCCUGAGUGCGAGCGAUGACCCUGAAUAUUGAGUAACUUUUGUCCGAUGUUUGCAACUGUGUAUGAACGUUUGUUGCGGCACCGCCAAUUUAAAAUGCGAGGGAAAUACACUGGGCUGCUUUAAAUGUUCGGUCUUUCUUUUAUAUUCUGCCUAGCGCAUGUGCAUUGUAUUCCACCAUUAAGUGCCCUUACACUUGAUUUGUUUUCCAACCCUUUGGAAAAGUGAAAAUACACUAGAGC